CCCUAUACUCCGCUUCUUUCCCUUUGGUCUCGCUCACUUCCUCUUCUCUAGUUCUCUCGUAGUCGCUCUCCUUCGUUUUCCUCUUCUCCGCGAUAUAUAAACCCUAAAAACCCUUAAAUCUUACUAUCGAUUACUCCGCCAACGGACAUGGAAUCGGCAACAGAUAUGGGAUCGGAGCUCAUUCUCCAUAGUUCUUCACCGGCGGAGCAGCGGCUGAACCAGAUUGUUGCAACCGAUUCGUCCAAAAUCCAACUGGCUUUUCCCAAGAAAUCUUCAUCAUCGAAGGACCGUCACACCAAGAUUAACGGGCGAGGCCGUCGAGUUCGGAUGCCAGCACUCUGUGCUGCGCGCAUCUUUCAACUGACUCGGGAGCUGGGCCACCGAUCGGACGGUGAGACUAUUGAAUGGCUGCUCCGCCAGGCGGAGCCCUCGAUUAUUGCGGCCACUGGCACCGGUACCGUUCCGGCUUCUUCCAUAUCUACCAGUGUAGGGCCAAUCCCUGCUUCUUCUCCUUCGCCGUUGGCUUGUUCUGCCCCUUCUUCUUCCUCAUCUCCUUGUAAGGCUAUGCCAGUCUCGCUGGCUCCUGAUAACCGAGUUCCCACGAGUUUUUUGAGGUACGAACAGACUCAACCGAUCUGCCGGCUUGAUUUGAGUCAGCCCGUUGGAUUGGAAUUCCCGAAUAGUGGUUUUCGACAUAUGCCCUUCACGGCAAUGUUGUUUCAACAAUCCACCGAAGAAGAGGGAGAUGGUGGGGAUGGAGAUGGGGAAGAGCAGCAACAACAACAACCGCCACAGCCACAGCCUCAGGCUCAGGUAGGUUGAGGAGUAACAUUUCUAAUUAGAUACUUUUCCUAUGUAGGUUGAAAGUGUUUUCUGGGUAUUUUUAAAGUCUCUCUUUGAAAUUCCUCUUCUUGAUGGAUGAAGAGGAAGGGAGAGGAGAGGAGGGGCUAGGGAGGUUAGGUUUCUUAGAGAUUUGGAUUGCCAUUAAGGAUGUAAGAUAUCAUAGCAAUUACAUGACAUUACACAAUGGAUUUCUAAAUCUUCUUCUUUAUGGGAUUGGAAUUCGGAACUCUAUUUUUUUCCGGAA